UUCAAUACAGUUUUCCCCUCGACUCUGUGUGAGCUGCAGGGGAGGGGCAUUUAGCACAAAGCUAAGUGUCAGCUUUAAAAAAAAACUGCCCCUGCCCUGUUUUUAUUUAUGUUGUUUAGUGAAGACACGCGGCUGUAAAUGUGUAAAAUGUCGGGCAGCAGCUGAUAGAGGACCAGCCAGAUCCCUGUCCAGGAUUUGGGUGUAGACAGAUCAGGACACAAUGGCUCUGCUGCUAGUUUCCUUCCUCCUCCUGCUGCUGCUGGGGAUUCUCCUGUUUGGUUUUAUUUUCAGGUGGAUCAUCUGCACCCUGGCCGUGCGCUUUUUUCAGACCGUACUCAACACUGAUCUUAAGAUCAAGUCAGUGGGUUUUUUCUCUGUCAGCGGAGUCAGUUUACAGUUUCACCCACAGCAGACUCUGGAAAUUGAUAGAAUAUGGAUUUCAAGUAAACUUCUCAACCAGGAGCUGCCGAGAUACUUGGCCUUGUGUGUCGGUGACACCAGAGUCCGAUUUGACCUCCAAGCACCACUGACUCCUCUGCAAUCAAGGCGCAUUAGUCAUGAGAAAAAAGCCGGGGGUAUUUUACUCAGCCCCAGGAUGUUACGGUUUCUCUCCCAGCUGCUUUCGUUCCAUCUCAGUUCCAUCAGUGUGAUGGUUGUGAACCUGGCUCUGACGGAGUCUCUGUGGCACAUGACCCUGGCAGGGAUCACCCUGUUACUGGACCACCAGAGUAAAAGGAUGUGUUGGAACUUCUCUGUGGGACAGCUGAGCAGUAAAGUGUUGAAAAGCAGCCAACUGGACAUCUGUUUGGCUGAAGUGGCUCUGAGUCUGCUGCUGUCUGGAGAUGUGAGUCUUCCAGACAUGAAGCCUGGUUCUUUGAGUCUCAGUGUCAGGACACUCACUGCAGAGCUGCAUGAAGGUCUUUUCCUCAGCAAACUCCUGCUUCCUGUGUCUGCAUCACAGACAGUUGACGGUGACACAGGAAAAGAAGACUGUCCAGAGUUUGUCCAGACUGAGACUGUGGAACAGUUUCAUCAUCUGAUUCCACAUGAUGUCAGUGUGGCAUUAGAAAACACAAAUGUGACUCUGUCCAUACACAGCCAGAAAAGACACCUGAACUGGACACUGAAGUCUUUAAAGGUCUCAUAUGGACGUGAGGACGAGCAACCUCCUCUGAAAAGCUUCACUCCAGAGCUGAGUUUUCCUCAGAGCAGCCUGGAAGUUCUCCUGGAGGAUGGACUUCUUUUGUCUCAGAGCAGACAGAGGAUCCUGUGUGUGAACACCCUGAAGACGUCCCUACAGGUGACAUCCAUGGACAUCUCAGGGGCUGUCAUCAUCAGCACCUGCAUCCUUCACUACCGUCACCAGGAAUUCUCUCCCUGGCUGAACCUGUUCCCAUGGGAACAGUUGAUCCACAGAAAGGCAGUGCACAAGAAAAGGCGUCUCCCACACCUAGACGCUCCAGUGAUGAUGACAUCUUCUGUGUCCAACAUUAACGUGUCUGUUCAGCUGGGAGACACCACACCUUUUGCCCUGGGUCUCCUGUCUGCCAGUGCAGAACUCCAGCAUCUUCCUGACAUCAAAGCUGAGAGUCCAGAGUCUCAGAAUGUUCACCAGCGAGCAUCUUUGUCCCUGGACAACUUCUGGUGGAGGGUGGGUCAAGGUUCUCAUAUCCAACAAGCUCCUCACCCUCCUGGUAAACACGUGUGGGGAGAAGCUCUCGUCUUAGACUCUCUUAGUCUUCAGGGGAGCUUCAACCAUCCUCACACAGACCUGAGCAGCCACUCUCCCAGUCUGAGUGUGGAGUGUGGACUGAAAGGACUUCAGCUGGAGCUCUCAGAGACCUGUGCUUUGUGUCUCUCUCGUCUGCUGUCUCUCAUCUGUGUUCCUGCAGGUCCUCAUGCACAACUGCCAGCAGCAGCUGCAGUGACUCCCUCUGCUGGUGAACAUGUUCACAGCUAUGCCUCCUCACAACCUCACCUGUUGUUAAAGUUGGACUGCAGCCUGGAGGAGGUGAAUGUGUUCACUCUCUCUAACGUGGCAGGAGCUAUGUCUUUGCGAACGGACACUGUCAGAGUCUUGAGUUCUGCAGAGAGCUCCGCCGUGUCUCUAGGGGGCGUUAGCUUGUCUGUGGUCAAAGUGAUUGCAGACAAUAUGGAAACAUGCUGUCCUGCCUCCCAGACUCCUAACCCUGUCCUCACACUGACAUCCUUGGCCUUUACCUACCAUCUCAUUACACACACCUUCCAGACCCAGUGUGAUAAUGAGCUUGCUGUUGAGUGGACGCCUUCCAAUCACAUGGUCCUGUAUCAGCACGUGAGUGAAGCACAGGCAUGUUGGCAAAUGCUGUGUGGAGGGAACGGUGUGGAGGAUCCGGUCACAGCUGCAGCGCCCAUACCUGCGUCAGGUCACAGCAGAACUCUCUGUAUCCGUGUUGAACUGGGUUCCACUCGUUUGACUGCUCAUGUUAGUGAGAAGAACUUUAUUGUAUUGCACACUGAAGGCCUCUCCAUCUCCAAACACGUUGGCUCCAUGCACAUGCGCUCUCCAUCACUUGUCUUCAACUUUGAUGGCUACAACAUUGUGACCUUUAAAGAUGUGGAGGUGGAGACCCUUGAGGAGCUGGCUGAGAUGAAGCUUCACAGAGACACUUUCUCCUUCCUCCUCACUCCUCACAACAGAGUUUGGCUCCUCAACUGUCCUUUACUCUUAGUGGAGUUCCCUUACCAGUACAAUUUCUCCAACACCUUUGACAAAGCCAUUAGUGUGCAGAAGUGGCUGAAGACCCUCCAUCGCCCCCGGAGCCUGAGCUCCACCCACCCACGUUUGCCCCCUGACCUGAUCUGUAAAGUCAGUCAGUUCUCUUUUGUUUUCUUGGACGAUGUCUUUGAAAUCAAGCUGCGUGACAACUACGAGCUCAUGAAGGAUGAGAGUAAGGAGAGCGCCAAACGCUUGCAGCUCCUGAACAAGAAGGUGGCAGAUCUGCGCAAACAGCACGGAGAGCUGCUGCCUGCCAGGAAGAUCGAGGAGCUCUACAGUUCACUGGAGAAAAAACACAUUGAAAUCUACAUCCAACGCUCACGCCGUCUCUAUGCAAACACGCCCAUGAGAAAGUCUCUGCUGACCUGGACUGUUUCAGACCUGGAGUUGGUGGCAAUGGCUGAUGAGACUCUCCAUGGUCCCGACAGGGUUCGAGAGCAGCUCAGGGACAUUGAUGGGAUCAGUCCGUUUCCCAGAGAAGGACUCUCUCUGGUGAUCCAGUGGUGCCGGGCAGUCAAGUUUAAACUGGCUGCUUUUCUGGUGAGGAUCCGAGACUACCCCCGCUAUCUGUUUGAGAUUCGGGACUGGGAACUGUCAGGACGUCUAAUGGGGACGGAGCAGGAUGGACAGACGAGAGCUCGACGUAAAGAGGUGGUUCCAUUGGGCCCACCAUGGGGAGACGUGACAGUCCACAGAAACAUGCCGCCACUCAAGUUCUACUAUGAUUUUAAAUCCACCAUCUCCCUCUACACCAUCGUGUGGGGUCCAUGUUGGGAUCCUGCUUGGACUCUGAUUGGACAGUCGGUCGACCUGCUGACAAAAUCUACUGUUGAUCCUUCGGCGCCUUUGGCCUGGUGGGACAAAAGUCGUCUCUUGCUGCACGGACACUGGGUUAUGGACAUCGACCAGGCCAAUCUGCACCAGUUGGCUACGGAGGACCCUUAUAACACUACGGAGAACCUGCACUGGGAGUGGACUAAACUGAACUUUGACUGGAACCCUGGACAGUUUGUGUUUAAAGGAGACCUGGAUGUUAAUGUUAGGACAGCGUCAAAGUAUGAUGAUAUCUGUUUCCUUCGUCUCCCUAAUCUAUGCAUGACCCUUGACCUUCAGUGGCUUUGCCACGGUAACCCCCACGACCAUCAUUCUGUGAUGGUCUGCUGUGCAGAAAACGUGGCAGACGUGACCUCGGGGCAACCUCACGACUCCUACAGAGCAUUUCGCUCUGAGAACCUGAACCUGUCUAUCAGUAUGGACUUGAACCAACAUUGUUCUACAGUAGAACCCUGUCAGCCCAGAAUCCUUUUGUACAGCAGCACCCUGCGCUGGAUGCAGAACUUCUGGGCCACAUGGACCAGUGUAUCCCGACCCAUCUGCAGAGGAAAACUAUUCCACAGUCUGAAACCAGUCCGCAAGAAGCUCAGUCAGCACUACAAACAGAUGUCCUACACUGCCGCCUUUCCACAACUCCAGGUCCAUUACUGGGCCUCCUUUGCUCAGCAGAGAGGAAUCCAGGUGGAGUGUAACAAAGGUCACGUCUUCACCAGAGGAACACAGAGACUCAUACCUCAAGCUGGCACAGUGAUGAGGAGGUUGAUCUCUGAGUGGAAUGUAACUCAGAUGGUCAGUGAGCUGUCACAGGUGACGGUGCACCUGAUGGCCUCCACCUGGGACGAGACAGCUGACCAUCAGAUCAACGCUCAGGUGAAGAAGACUCACCUGCUCAGCCUGUCGUCUCUCAGCUACCAGCGUCAGAGCAACCGCGUGGAGGAGGAGGUGAACCUAAAGGAUGAAUCCAUCGCCUUCUAUACUCACAAACUGCGGCUGGUGGACCUGAGAGCUUCAUGGACCACCACUAACAGGAACAUUGCCUUUGGGUUGUACGACGGCUACAAAAAGGCAUCUGUUCUGAAGAGGAACCUUUCCACUGAAGCUCUGAAGGGUCUGAAGAUCGACACCCAGCUUCAGACCAAGAAAAUCAAACGCUCUCCUUCAAACUACUCUCCUACCACGGCCCCAACCACACCGGUCACACCCACAGUCCACAGACCAGAGAAGAGUCAAAACGAAGGAACGUCCAUGCUGCAGAAACUGAUUGAGGAAACGGACAAGUUUGUGGUUUUCUCAGAGGAAGACGCAGGUGUCAGCGAUCAGCUGUGUGGAAUCGCAGCCUGUCAGACUGACGACGUUUACAACCGCAAUUGGUUCAUUGAGUUGGUCAACUGUCAGAUGAUGUUACGAGGCACAGAAACAGCAGGCUGUGUGUUGGUGUCUGCAGCCAAGGCUGAGUUGCUGCAGUGUGAGCACCACCCUGCCUGGUACAAUGACACCCUGAAGCAGAAGACCACAUGGACCUGUCUGCUGGAUGGCAUGCAGUACUUUGCUACCAUGGAGCCAAACAUGUCAGAGCAGGAAGACAGGCAGCUGUGGCUGGAGGUAAAAAACAUAGAGGAACACAGACAGCGUCACCUGGACUCAGUGCUGGAGUUGAUGGAGAGUGGUCAGGCAGUGGGAGGCAUGGUCAGCACCACCACGGACUGGAAUCAGCCGGCUCAGGUGAAUGAGUCUCAGCAGGUUCAGCGAAUCAUCUCUCGCUGCAGCUGCAGGAUGCACUACAUCGGUUACAGUCAUGACAUCAACCCAGAAUUGGCCACACAGAUCAAACCACCAGAGCUGAGGAACAACCACGAGAAGGAAGAUCUGCUGAAGAAACAAGCUGGGGCUGUGGACACCUUCACUCUCAUUCACCAUGACCUGGAGAUUUCCACCAACCCUGUUCAGUACGCUAUGAUUCUAGACAUUGUCAACAACCUGUUGUUACACGUGGAGCCGAGGCGUAAAGAGCAUAGUGAGAAGAAGCAGCGAGUGCGUUUUCAACUGGAGAUUUCUAGUAAUCCUGAGGAGCAGCGCAGUAGCAUUUUGCACCUGCAGGAGGCAGUGAGGCAGCACCUCGCUCAGAUCAGACGUCUAGAGAAACAGAUUUACUCCAACAUCAGGGCUCAGCCUGAGGAACUGAGCAGUGAUGAACUGACGGAGAUCAACACCCGGCUGCAGAACCAGCUGAACCAGGAGAAGAACGACAUGCAAACCAAGAGUGAAGAGCUCAACAUACUCAUCAGGUGUUUCAAGGACUUCCAGCUGCAGCGUGCAAACAAGUUGGAGUUGCGUAAACCUCCAGAAGACGUGAGUGUAGCGAGGAGGACAGAGAUCUACUUUGCUCAGGCACGCUGGUGUCUGACUGAGGAGGACGGUCAGCUGGGAAUCGCUGAGCUGGAGCUGCAGAGGUUUAUGUACAGUAAGCUAAACAAGUCUGAUGACACAGCUGAGCAUCUCCUGGAGCUGGGAUGGUUCACCAUGAACAACCUGCUGCCUAACGCAGCCUACAAGGUGGUGCUUCGUCCUCAGAGCCCCUGUCAGUCUGGGCGCCAGUUUGCUUUACGGAUCUUCAGUAAAGUGCGCCCCCCUGUGGGCGGAAUCUCUGUGAAGGAACAUUUUGAAGUGAACGUUGUGCCAUUGACCAUCCAGCUCAUGUACCAGUUCUUCAAAAGGAUGAUGGGAUUUUUCUUCCCAGGCAGAAACGUGGAGGAGGAGGAGGUCACUGAUGAAGAGGACAAGUUCAGACUGGUGACCACCGGAAUCCCCGUCAAAACUCGACAGUCGGAGGACACCAUUGGGGCCAUGGGCCCAAGCAAGGGCGUGGCCCAGGGACUGAACCGCACAGCUGGAGUCAGGCGGUCCUUCAAGAAACCUCCAGAGCAUCCUGUGGACGACAUUGACAAGAUGAAGGAGAGAGCAGCUAUGAACAACUCCUUCAUCUACAUCAAGAUUCCUCAGGUUCCUCUGUGCGUCAGCUACAAAGGAGAGAAGAGCAGCGUGGACUGGAAAGACCUGAACCUGGUUCUGCCCUGUCUGGAGUAUCACAACAAUACCUGGACCUGGCUAGAUUUUGCUAUGGCUGUGAAGAGGGACAGUCGUAAAGCUCUGGUGGCACAGAUGAUCAAGGAGAAGCUGCGUCUGAAGCCUGCCUCAGGUUCAGACCUACGUGGAGGGAAGUCCUGUGAAGGAAAGUCGGACAACGUCCUGCAGCAGCAGGAGGAAGAUGAGAAAGCUCGACUUCUCAUCGGCCUCAGCACUGCUGACAAGAGCUCCAGCAAGAAGAGCAUCUUCAGCCGACGCAAGUGAACGAGAUCUUUUCAAACUGGGUGAAACUGGAUCACCUACAUCUGAGGUCAGGGUAAAGUUAGAAAAAUACAAAAAGAGUGAGAGCUGAACAUUCCAAAUAGGUUUAUAGAAUUUCAGUGUGAUUGAGGAUCAAGCACUCCCUCAAAUUCACUCCUAACUGACAGAAGACUUUAUCCUGCUGGUUCAGGAACAACAUCUCAGUCUGACAGAAUCAAGAUCAGAUGGAUGAAGGUAUUUUCAACAUCUUCAACUAAUAUAUGUAUGAGGUAGAGUCAUGGAGAAAAUAUCUACAGCAGAGAAUCAGAAGUCUUUAAUAUUUAUUGUGAGUUUCCUUCUGUUCAAAACAAAGUCAGGAUUCUUUAAGAAAGACCACUGAAAUCUCAGACUCAAAAUAUCAGAAACCUGAGAUUGAAAUUCUGACUCUAAAACGUUAUCUCAGACCACUGAGGUGGAGACCCUGUGUACUGUGGGUCUGGUUGAGGUUCUGAUCCUUUGAUGGACCUCAGAGAAGAUGGUGUGUGUUCUUGAAUGAAGCUGUGUGUGAGGCUGAAUGAAUGUCAGUGACAGGAAAGGCCUUCACUCGUGAAUGAGAGCUGUGUGUCCAGUGUGGUGAAAAGUCCUUAUCACGGUAUUAACAUGUUGGCAGUACAGUGCUUUUUACACAGAGAAUUUUGAUAUUUUUGUAAAAUGGCUGCUUCUAAUGAUGGUUGUCUCACAUUUCACUGAAGACUUGUUAUUUUGAUGUAAUACAAAUAUACUUUUAAUUUGAACAUGAUAAUCUCACACGAGUUUUAAGAUUACAAAAAAGAAUCUGUGUCUGCCCAAUAAAUAUAAUAAAGUCCAA